AUGUAUACAGCCAUUGUGAAGAAGAACAGGGUCUUUCAAACAGUGUUUCACCGCAACAGAAUUUUUCCCUCUAAAUUACACAAAGUGAAUAUGUCAUCUUCUAUCGAGAUUUCCAAGAUUAGCGAGUGGGAUAGUGAUAAUAGCAAAGAUUUGAAUCACAGAUUAGCUUCUACAGUUUUGAAGAAUGUGAAUGCUGAUGAUGCUUUAUUGAAUAAGACUCGUCUAUUGAAACAAGAUUUAAGAAUCUUCAACACUGCUGUCAAUAAUGAAUCCACUCCAAUAACAAAUCAACGUUCAUCUGGUAGAUGUUGGUUAUUUGCCGCCACUAAUGAACUGAGAUAUAAUGUCAUCGAAGAAUUGAAAUUGAAAGAAUUCGAAUUGUCUCAAGCUUAUUUAUUUUUUUACGAUAAAUUAGAGAAAGCUAACUACUUCCUAGAUCAAGUUAUUGACACUUACGAAGAAGAUGUCGACUCCCGUUUAGUUCAAUAUCUACUAUCUGCCCCAACUCAAGAUGGUGGUCAGUAUAGCAUGUUUGUCAAUUUAGUUGCAAAAUAUGGUUUGAUCCCAAAAGACCUUUACAACGACUUACCGCUAUCCACCGUUGCUUCCUCAAAAUGGAAUUCCAUAUUAACUACAAAGCUAAGGGAAUUUGCUGAAGUUUUAAGAGAAGAACUAAAGAAAGGUAAUGAUAUCUCUGAACUAAGAACUAAAUUCCAAAGAGAGAUAUUCAAAUUGAUGACUUUAUUCAUGGAUAUGCCACCAGUCAAACCAGAUGAAUCCUUUACAUGGUCAUAUUUAGAUAAGGACAAGAAAAUCCAUACAUUGGAGACGACACCAAAGGAAUUUGCAUCCAAGUAUUGUAAGAUAGAUUGUUCAAAACCAGUUUCACUAAUCAAUGAUCCAAGACAUCCAUAUGGAAGAAUAAUCAAAAUUAACCGUUUAGGUAAUGUCAUCGGUGGCGAGAGUGUUUAUUACUUAAAUGUUGAUAAUGAAAUUUUAUCCAAUUUAGUCGUUCAAAGAUUACAAAAUCAAAGACCUGUUUUUUUUGGUUCUCACACUCCAAAGUUCAUGCAUAAGAAGUUCGGCGUUAUGGAUGUCGAAUUAUGGGACUACAAAUCAAUCGGGUAUGAUUUACACCAAUCCAAGUCCUCUCGUAUCAAAUAUGGUGAAAGUUUAAUGACUCAUGCCAUGCUAAUUACCGGCGCACACGUAGAUGAUACCACUGGGAAACCAAUCCGCUACCGUGUUGAGAACUCAUGGGGUAAAGAUUCUGGUAACGAUGGUUUAUAUGUCAUGACUCAAAAGUACUUCGAAGAAUACGCAUUCCAAAUUGUUGUCGACAUUGAUGAAUUACCAAAAGAUUUAAUGGAAAAAUUCAUUAAGAAGGACGAAAACCCAAUUGUUCUCCCAAUCUGGGAUCCAAUGGGUGCCUUGGCAAAUUGA